AUGGCACAGCUCUCCAACGAUGACAACAAACAGAAGAAAGUAAAGAUUAUUCAAAAUAUAAUAUUGCGUGGAGAAAAUCGACUAGAAGAGCGUGAUGAAGCAGAAGAAGCCCUUCGAAGUAUAAUGACUCCAGGCAUAACUUCCGAUCCAGACUUGGAUCAGGAGUUUGUGGAUUUGCUAUGUCCUUCAGAUCCUAACUUGAAUCAAGAAUUCGUGAAUCUUGUUACUCCGCAACAUAUAAUUCAAGAUAUUGAGAUGACGGAAAAUGAAGAAUUCGACAAAGAAGCCGCACGUUUUGUUGAAAAAGGAUUUUUGGUAGAUGAGCUCGAUGAAACGAAAAAACAAAAUCUUGGACAAGAUAGAAGUUUACAAUAA